AUGGGCAAGGGCGGUCGAUUUGCGUGCAUAUUUCUGCCGUACAUUCUCUCAAUUGGCACACUUGUAUGCCUUGCUCUAGUUGGCCUAGGAUGCUACAACACCAACACUCUCACCGAUGUUUACUUUGCAAAGGUUAAUAUGAAAGAUAUCAACACAUCCCCGUCCGGGCUAAAUAGCCAACUACAACCGCUCGCACAUGGCCUCGAACAGGCCAAAGCCAAAGGCGAUAUCCACGACUUCUAUAUCGUUGGCAUGUGGAACUACUGCUACGGAGACAGCAAGGACGGAAGCGACAAGGUCACGUUUUGCUCCCCUCGCCGAAUGAGAUUCUGGUUUAAUCCUGCCGAAGUCUGGGGUGUCGAUGAUACUAUCCAACAGCUCUACCCAUCAUCCCUGCAAAGGGGCCUGAAUACCUAUCAGAAGGUUGCUGGAUGGAUAUAUGUUGCUUACGCUGUUGCCAUCUCUGCCUCUGCCAUUCAGCUUCUUGUUGGAAUCUCUGCUAUCUUCAGCAGAUGGGGUAGCUUUUUCACUACUCUCAUUGCAGGUGCCAAAAAGGAGCUAACGAUUUUCCACCAGGUUGCCGCUGUAUUUACUAUCGGUGGUGCAGCUACUGCCUCCGUUCUCUACGGUAUCCUUGUCGGAGCUAUUAAAGCAGGUCUCAGGCCGUUUGAUAUCAAGGCCGACGUCGGAACUCGCAUGCUCGCCAUCUACUGGCUUGGUGGCCUCUUCACCCUUGCCGGAGGAUUCUUCUGGCUCCUCAGUGUCUGCUGCUGCUCUGGCCGCUCUCCAUAUGGCCACCGUGAUGACCGACGUGGUAUUACUGCUGAGAAGGCUCCUUACACUUACGAGCGUGUUGCUAGCCCGUACGGUGUCCACCCAGGAUCUGCUGUCCCAAUGCAUAACAUGCCUCCCCACCAUACCCAGGACACUGCCUACGAACCCUUCAGACAUGACCACCGCGUAUAA